AUGACCUGCAUGUUUAUAUGCUCAAAGGUUGAAGAUGUAUCUGCUAUUGAUAUUGAUGAAUUAGUUAUGAGAGCUGGUCAUAUGAAAUAUACUAAGUAGUAAAUAAUAGUCAAGGAGGUUGAAAUCCUCCAUACUUUAGAUUUCAAAAUAAUGAUGCCUUGCAUCUGUGAUGAUGUUUAAUCAGAGUUUUAUAAUACGGUAUAUAUGUAUCAUUUUUCAGACAUAGAACUUUCAAUUAUUCAUGAAGUAGCUAAGUUUAUUGAUUUCUAAUGCAUGCUAUUAUAAUAUAGUUCUCUUGCUCCUAAUUUAGAUGAUAAGGUUUUUUCCAAGCAACUUCUUAAAUAUGCUUUUGAAAUUAUUUCAAUUAAAACACUUAAUAUAAUAAUAGCAAACAAUUUAAUAGAUGGUAAUAAGCUUUGGAUCCAUAAGAAAUAAGAUCUCUUAAUUAUCAAAAAGUUUUUCAGCAUAUUAAACUAUAUUGAAUAUAAAGCUGAAAAGAAUGAAUAAAAGGAAAGUAGCUUAUAGGAUUUAAUGUAUCAACUUUAUAAUGAUAUUGAAAUUGAGAAAAUAAAUGGAAAGCACCUUAGAAAGCUUUAUCCAUCACUUUUCAAAGUUGAGAUGAGUGAUAUUAUUAAAGAAAUUUUUUAGAAGAAAAGAUAUUAUUGA